AUGGCCUACCGCAUCGCCGCCACUGCAAAGCACCUCGUCCGCACCAUGUCCACCGCCGCCGCCCCAGCCAAGUACGAGUUCCUCGUCAUCGUCCCCGACAAGCCGGGCACGCUGCAGAAGCGCCUCGAGGUCCGCGCCACGCAUCUGGCCAAUGUCAAGCCUCAGGUUGAAAAUGGCACCUACAAGAUGGGAGGCGCCGUCCUGAAUAGCGUCCCCAAGGGCGCGGACCCGUCCACGUUUGACUUUCACGGCAGCUCCUUUGUCGCCCUCGCCGAGUCCAAGGAGGCCGUGCUCGAGCAGCUCAAGGACGACGUCUACGUAACCAACGGAGUCUGGGACCUCGAAAAGGCCCAAGUUUUUCCCUUUCUCUGCGCCUUCCGAACCGCCAAGGAAUGA